AUGAGCGAGGUCGAUGCGCUCUACAUCUAUGAUGAGUAUAACAACCCGCUCGUGGAGCAUGUAUAUCGCUCCCGUCCGCCCUCCGCGGCAGCUAUCCUCCCCCUCUAUCUCGCCCACUCACCCCCGCGUCCGUCACUCCUCUACAUUCCAAAUAUCUCGCCCCCGGUGACGGUCUUUUCUAUCGUACAGUCAAAUCUGCUGUUUUUGGCCCUUUCCGAAGUUGAUACCGAGCCGCUUCUUGCGCUGGAGUUCUUGCACCGAGUAGUUGAUGUGCUUGAGGACUUUGUCGGGGCUCCAUUACUCUCUUCCAAGCUUCAGGCGAACUACGAUGUGGUCGCACAAUUGCUCCACGAAAUGUGCGAUGCGGGAAUAGUAUGCAAUACGGAACCAAAUGCGCUGCAGGAAGUUGUGGAGAUGCCAGGAUGGAUGGGGAAGUUGUUAGGAGGCGUUGGACUACCGGGGUCGUCUACACCUAUACUAGGGCCUCCCAACCCUCUGAAAAACCCAUUAUCAUCCGCAAAUGUCGCACAGGGCCCUGCGAUCCCGUGGAGAAAGGCCGGUGUGCGGCACACGUCGAAUGAGUUAUACGUCGACAUUAUUGAAUCACUCUCAGUCACGAUUGCUCCGUCUGGACGACUUCUGUCGGCGCUGGUAUCAGGGACCAUUGCGUUCACGGCUAAAUUAUCGGGGGUACCCGACUUGCUCCUCACAUUAACCACUCCCAGCGGUCCCCAGGCUGUGGGGAAGAAGAUAGACCUGCCGGUAUUCCAUCCCUGUGUUCGACUAGCUCGAUGGAGGGAGCGACCUGGCGAACUCAGCUUCGUGCCUCCCGAUGGCCGAUUUAUUCUUGCGGGUUAUGAGGUGGAUCUGCUUCCUAUUGAUCCUAGCAUCGACCAACCUCCCACGCAUAUGGAGAAGGUGUUCUUACCUGCCAUUGUCGAAGUACGCAAAUCACUCGGACCGACGGGAUCGGAAUUUGAGGUCCGAUUGAUUUUAAAUACAAGCUUUCCAGGAUACUCAUCUUUCAACCGCCCCGGAGCAGGGCGGGGCGGAUCGGGUACUUCCACUCCCUCGUUCCUUGGAGGAGGCGGGAACUCCUCAGCACCCGUCCUUGAAGAGGUCGUGGUCACAGUACCAAUACCGAAGACGGUUCGAAACAUCACCGAUAUGCAGGCGAGUCGCGGAGAAGCGAUAUUCGCGCCCGGCAACGACACCCUGGAGUGGCGCAUACCUACCAAAGACUCCGGAACUGUUUCGGGCACAGCGACUCUUCGCUGCACGGUCGUCGGACACCAGAAUGUGGAAGACGAGUUUGAAGAAGACAACGAGGGGGCAGACGCAGACGCAAAUCUGUUGCAAGGGUACUACGACGCCUCAACAGCAGCGUCUUACCAGGUCGCGGAGGAAGCCGCAACAGGUACAACGAAACGGAAAACGAAGAAAAAGAAGAAGACAACAAAGACAACAAAGACCAAGAAGUCAUCCAAAUCCGCCGCCGCCAGCGCGCUCGUCGCCUCCGAUCAAGACAGUGUACCGCAAACCUCUCCCAAUCCCUCAAAACCUCAAAGCCCUGCACCUGAAUCGUCGAAAUCGCCAGCCGCACCCGCCCCUGCACAAUCCUCCUCCCAAUCAUCGUCCUUAUUCUAUACACCACCUCGUAAAACCAAGGCACAGCUGAACGCCAGCCUUAUGCCGAACUCCGCCUCUGUCUCAUUUUCUGUUAAAGGUUGGCUACCGUCGGGGCUCCGAGUCGACAGUCUGAACAUCGACCCACGGCGCAGUCGAGGCCUCGGAGAAGGCGUGAAGCCAUACAAGGGGGUGAAGUAUCUGUGCGUCAGCAGGAGGGGCGUGGAAGCUAGAUGCUAA